UUUCGUCCGUACCAGACUGUAGUUCCAAGUCACAGCUAGCCUCGGCAUCAGUCUCACUGCAUGUCUGUGUGUGUGUUUGAUGAGGUUUGUUAUUGAGGGGAAAUGUGGUCACUUUUCACCAGGGACCCCAUCAAAGACUUUGCUCAUGAAAUUCUCCCGGACAACCCGGAAAAGUCCGGAAUAUGGACACUGCAUCGGGGGAAACGAAAGACUACAGGAGAUCCUGUUUCUGUGUUUGUCUAUGAAGUGGCUCAGGGAACAGAGCAGCAAACCCAGCUGGCCAAAGCUGCCUUCAAACGAAUCAAGACACUGCGGCAUCCGAACAUCCUGGCCUAUGUCGAUGGACUGGAGACCGACAAGAGCCUUUACGUGGUGACUGAGCAGGUGACGCCACUGGCAGUUCACCUGAAGGCCCAGGCAGAAAAGGGCGGAGCUGGAGAACUGGAGAUAUCAUGGGGACUACAUCAAAUAGUGAAAGCCCUGAGUUUUCUGGUCAACGACUGCCACCUGCUUCACAACAACUUGGGCAUCUGGGCUGUUUUUGUGGACCGAGCCGGGGAGUGGAAGCUAGGGGCCUUGGAACAUCUGGCUCCUGAGCAGGGUGACCCCAGCGGGGUUUCGCUCCCUGGCCCAAAAGCUGUUUACCCGGACAUGGAGAAAUACGACCCACCGGAGAUGUCCAACAGCAGUGGAGAGAAAUGGGCGGGGGAGGUGUGGCGACUCGGCUCCCUGAUUUGGGAGGUGUUCAACGGGCCGCUACCUCGGACCUCCUCUCUGCGUUCGCUGGGAAAAAUUCCCAAGUCACUUGUCCCCCACUACUGUGAGCUGGUUGGGGCCAAUCCACGGGCUCGACCAAACCCGGCUCGCUUCCUCCAGAACUGUAGAACCCCUGGAGGAUUCCUCAGCAACAGCUUUGUGGAAAGUAACCUGUUCCUGGAAGAGAUCCAGAUCAAAGAUCCAGCUGAGAAGCAGCAGUUUUUCCAGGACCUGAAUGAUAAUUUGGACUCGUUUCCUGAAAACUUCUGUAAACAUAAAGUCCUGCCUCAGCUGCUCACCGCCUUCGAGUUUGGCAACGCAGGAGCCGUCAUCCUCACGCCGCUCUUCAAGGUGGGGAAGUACCUGUCAGCAGAAGAAUACCAACAGAAAAUCAUUCCUGUCAUCGUGAAGAUGUUCUCCUCCACAGACCGAGCAAUGAGGAUACGACUUCUGCAGCAGAUGGAGCAGUUUAUUCAGUAUCUGAACGAGGCGGCGGUUAAUUCUCAGAUUUUUCCUCACGUUGUUCACGGCUUCACAGACACCAACCCUGCCAUCAGAGAACAGACCGUUAAGUCGAUGCUGCUGUUGGCUCCUAAACUGAACGAGAGCAACUUGAACCAGGAGCUGAUGCGACACUUCGCCCGGCUGCAGGCCAGAGACGAGCAAGGUCCGAUCCGGUGCAACACCACCGUGUGUUUGGGCAAAAUCGCCUCCUACCUCAACGCCACGACUCGAGAGCGAGUUCUGAUUUCUGCCUUUUGUCGAGCCACUAAAGACCCGUUUCCUGCCUCCCGCUCGGCUGGCGUCCUGGGCUUCGCUGCCACUCACAACUAUUACAGCGUGACCGAGAUCGCCGGCCGAAUCCUGCCCACCCUCUGCGCCGUUACGGUGGAUUCUGAUAAAAACGUCAGGGACCAGGCUUUUAAAGCCAUUAAGAGUUUCCUUUCCAAACUGGAGGCUGUUUCAGACGAUCCGAGCAAACUGACUGAGAUCGAAAAGGACGUGGGCUCGUGCGCUCAGCCCGCAGGCUCCUCCUCCAGCUGGGCCGGCUGGGCCGUCACCGGCGUGUCCUCGCUCACCUCUAAGCUCAUUCGCAACAAUCCAGGCGCGGAGGGGGGCGCGGCGGCUGAGGGCAGUAGGCCAGCUGACACGAGUCCCACCGCUGGCGCCGAUGGAGCUUCAGCCCCAAACAAAGGCUCAGAAGAUAAAACUCACCAAACUACCAACCAAUCAGAGACGCCUGAAGUCACAGACAACGAUGACGCGACGGUAGGAGACCGUUGGGAUGAUGAGGAGGACUGGGGAAGUCUGGAGGAGCCAGAGAAAGCUCACACAGACGACUGGAACACUGACUGGUCAGAAACUGCAUCGUCCAGGAAGAAGACCAACAACCGAGGAGCAGGCCGGUCGUCCGCCUCCGCAGCGGUGAAGAAGCAGAGCUCGGACUGGAGCAGCUCCGGCUGGGACGCCGACGACAGCUGGUCCAACGAGAAAGAAGGCCAGGGUCAGAGUUCUGCGGGCGAGGAGGGGUGGGGCAACGACUGGGCGGAGGAGGAAGAGACGGACGCCACCUCCGCCGGUACAGCGGCGCACCUGCCAGAGGGCGUGCGCUUAGCCAGCGAGUACAACUGGGACACUGGCGGCGGUUCGGCCAAAGCAGCCAAUCAGAACGACUUGUUCGCAAGUUUGUCACAGAGAAACACCGGCGCUGCGACGGCUGGAGACGGCUGGGGUUCAGACGUUGUAGGAGACUGGGGGGCCGAGGAGAGCUGGGAGUCAGUGGAUGGAAGCCAGAAUCUCAGCAAGGCGGAGCUGUCCAAAAAGAAGCGCGAGGAGAGGAGGAAAGAGCUGGAGGCCAAACGGGCAGAACGUAAAGCAGCUAAAGGUCCUCUCAAACUUGGAGCACGCAAGCUGGACUGAGUUGGACUCGGGCGGGGCGGGGAGGCUGGAACACGGGUCUCGGUGGACCGCGUGCAGGAUCCACGGCUGAGACGUUAAAGGACCAGAAAGAAGCGACAGCGGUGGGAAAACACGAGACAAGUGCAGAGGGACAGAAGUUACUGUCGCCAGUCAACGACUCGUAGGGUUGGGAUUUCCUGUCUUUCCUUAUUAAAUAACUGAUGAAGGUAAAGACAGAAAAGUGACUGAAAUCCCCUGUAAAAAACAGACUUCAAACAGUACGGAGAAGUGUUAGUUUAACAAAAUGUUCCGGUUAGUUGAAUUCUGAAAUCAUUGCUGUUAUACAGUAAAUGUACAGAACCGGUGCAUCUUGUCUUCAGAAGUGACGCUUUUUUUAAAAGAAAUAUAUAAAAGACUUUCUAAAUCCAACCUGCAUUAAUAUAGUGAAUGUUUCUCAGUCCACACUGUAUGCACACACAGUGGACAUGACUGAGUUCAGCUGUUAGACCUAACUCUGUGCAUGCACGUAUCAAACCCUGACCAUGAAAACCAAAACAAAACAAAAAAAAAGGAAUGACACAGGUGUUGUCUUUAUUUUUGCACAUGUAGCUCUGUAUGUUGCUGUUGAAUAAGUCCUGGAGUUGAGUGGUUACAGUAAAGUCACAUUAAAAUACACAUUUUUGGGGCUUAACGUGAA